GUCGCCACUUACUGACGUCACACAUGCGCCCAAAACAUGUGAGGCUUGCGGAGAGUUUUCCGUUAAUUUAGUGGAGAUUUGAACGUUAUUUUGUUUGUUGUUUUAGCGGCCACCGCAGGGAGCGGCUAGCGGGCCCAGAUGGCUGAUGCUGGCGGGGAAGCUUCAGCCUCCUCCGGGGAAAGGAGCGAGAACCGGAGCGGCACUGAGGAGCAGAGCCUGUCCAAGAGGCAGAUGAAGAAGCUGCUGAAGCAGCAGAAAUGGGAGGAGGAGAGGGAGCUGCGAAAACAGAGAAGAAAGGAGAGGAAGCAGCAGCGCAAACAGCAACGGCAGAACAUCCAGCAGGAGAACAGAGGAGACGGCCCGGGGCCCCGGAAACGCCCACGUAGAGACGUGACGCCCAGCUCUCUGAGGCUGGUGGUGGACUGCAGCUUCGAUGACCUCAUGCUCAUCAAGGACGUUUGGAAGCUCCACAAACAGAUCCAGCGCUGCUACGCCGUGAACAGACGAGCCUCGCAUCCUGUUCAGUUUUAUGUGACGAGCCUGGGAGGGCAGCUGAAGCAGAGCUUUGAUGACAAGGACAAAGGAUGGGUGAACUGGAAGGGCAUUACGUUUAAAGCGGAACACUACAGCGAAGUGGUGGCUAAAGGUGAGCUGGUGUACCUGACCUCUGACUCCCCCAACGUGCUGGAGGAGCUGGACCAAAGCAAGGCCUACGUGAUCGGAGGCCUGGUGGAUCACAACCACCACAAGGGCAUCACUUACGAGCGGGCCAAGGAGCUUGGGAUCGAACACGCGCAACUUCCUCUCAGCAGCUUUGUCAGGAUGAACAGCCGGAAGGUUCUGGCUAUAAACCACGUUUUUGAGAUCAUCCUGGCGUAUCUUGAGAAGGGCGGCUGGCAGGAGGCCUUCUUCUCCAUCCUCCCUCAGAGAAAAGGAGCCGUGGCCGUCAGCCAGGAUGGAGGCGCCCCUCAGGAAAACAACGAGGAGGAGGAGGAGGAAGGCUCCACUUCGGACUCGGACGCUGCAGAGCAAACAGAAAUCAGAGACUAAACAUGUGGGACUAAAUGGCGCCUCCCCGCAGAGUUCCAACAUCUGUUUUUGUUUCUCGUUUUCAGACGUUUUGUUUUACUGGAUAUUUAUUGAAAUGUUUAAUUUUGCUGCAGGUUAUGGAAGGAAUGAAGUUUUUAUUUUUGUUCUUCAGGCUCAUUUUCUUUACCAUCGUUGCUCUUUGGACUAAAAAGUCGGAUUUGUGCCUAAAUGAUUUGAAGAAGAUGAAAAAAUGCGUAAAGCCUGAAUAAUAAUAAACUGCAUACCUGUUUGCUGGUUUAA